UGUAAAUUACUGUAAAUGCAAACAUUGCAAACUUAUUUUUUUUUGAUGCUCGGUCUUAAAAUUUUACUGAUAAUGAAAUACUAUUACUGGUAGAUACUCGGUAAACGCUAAAUUUUGCUUCCGGUUAUUGCAAUAAUAUUGUUUAAUAAUAACCCUUAGGAUAUCAUUCAUAAAAUGGGCUGGAUUUUUUCCAGCAAUCCAUUGAAAGGUACUACAUAAUCAUCACAACUUUAUUACUUAAUACAAGAUACUGCUUUAUCGUAAAAGAAGAAUACAUACCCAAAUAAUGUCUGAAAACACUGAAGAACUCACAACCCCGACAGAAGAAAAAUGUACCAAAGAAACACUAAAAAAUCAAGAUGAAAUGGAUGAAAAUGCAAUAUCUCGAAUGACUGCUUCAUACAGCGAAAUAUCCUUUCACUCCGAUCAGGUACAACCAGAUACCCAGGGAAAAACUGCAGGACCAUCUAGACCUUAUGAUUUGCCAUCAGAAAACCAUGAUUUAGAGUUUAAAAUCAAACUAUCAAGUCCAGUUGCUAAAAAAGGAGAAACACCUGUCUUUGGUAGUUCCAGCGCAUCACGUUCCAGCACACCUUCAGGAAAGCUAUACAGACAGAUUUUGGCUCCUCAGAUAGGUCAAAUAGACAUCACAGUAUUACAUGAUCUUGAACAUGAAGCUCAAAAAAUUGCUCAAUCAGUUGAUAAUUUAAUUGAAAACUUGUCUAGUAUUUUGCAUUCAAAUUCAUCACUUACUGCUGAAAAUAUGGAUGUUUAUAAGGAUGCAGUAGGUAAGACUUGCGAUGCAAUGGACAAUAACAUCAAGAGUAUGUAUACAAUACUUGCAAAAGGUGAAGAAGUGUCACAAGCUAUGAUCCCUGUACAAGCUCAGGCAGCAAGGAUAGCAGAGAUAAAGAGACUGUUACAGUUAUUUGAAAAUAAUUUCUAAUAUUGUAAUUCUAAUUGUGUACAUAUUUUUAUUAAGUAGACUGUCAGAUAUGUUCUUGUUCCAUCUGGUGUUCAGUAUUUACCUUAGCUUAUAGACAUUAGAAACAUGAGUACCAGAGACCCACACAUGAGGCGUAAGGUGGAAGUCUCAAUAGGAAUGUAUUAUGUUUCAAUAGCUAUAUUACAAUGAAUUAAUCUUGGUUGUGUGGUAUCUGAUAGUUAGAAAGUCGUAGAUAAGGAUCCUGCUACUACAGAUGUGUUUAAUAGCUCUACAGACUAUUGUCAUUGUAGGACUACAGACUAAAUAUGUAUCUUGCGCUUUUUUACAAAUAGUUCACUAAUAGUGUCAUGAUACCACAUGUUUGGCACAGUUGUCAAGAAUGAUAGUGUUAAAACAAAUAAUAUAUUAAAUAUUUAAAAGUAUUAUGUCAUUAAUUGUACACACGCCUAUCAGAAUGACAUUGUACAUAACUUUGUUCAAAUGUGGUAAGAAUGAAUUAUACUUGACCUUAUACAGGGUGUCCCCAAACAUAAAGACAUUAAUAUCUAAGAAAAACACUAAAAUUUUUGUCCUAGGUAUUUUACUUGUGAGGUUAUGGAUUUUUUAAAUAUUAAAAUGAAGUUUUGCGAUAUACACACAAUUUAACAUUUUAAAAAAUCGAUUAUCAUGCUUUUGU